AUGCGGAAAAUGUGUGUUUCGGAUGAGGAGACGGGAGGAGAUGAGGUGGACGAGACGGAUGAAGUGGAUGGGAUGGUAGCUUGUGAGGUGCAGUCAGGUCACAAUGAGUGGUGUAUUGUCUGCCGCGAUGGUUCAAGUGACCACGAGUUUCUGUACUUGUGUGACCUUUGUCCCUGCACAAUGUGCUCUCGCUGCAUCGACAUUCCCAUCGCUCACGCCAACGCUGUCAACUGCGACGACGUCACAUUCACUUGUAUAUCUUGCCACUUGGCAGCACAAGACCCUCACGCAGAAGAAACACGCACCGCCUACUUUGGAUUUUACAGGAACAAUUUGCCGGUUUUGCCCACCUUCCUCCCAAUCCACAGUACGCUGGAAGUAUCUCUGCAAUCACAGAUUUCUUCCACGCCUGUGAUAUUAAUCCACCUCACGCUUGUCGACUUCGAAACUUCCGGUGGACCUUUCGACCUCAUGUUCCGGUUCCUCUCCCCCUACUUUCCACGCGGAGGUAUCGCUUUCCACGAACUCAUCUUCGACGUCGGCUCCAAGUUAAAGAGCAACCGGUACCAAGUCAAGGUGGGCGAAUUGGUCCAUAGCCUAAUGGCUCAGCGCCACUGGCCCCGCAUUGUGUUCGCAAUCUCCAAUCAUACUGACGAUGCUCUCGGAGACCCAUUCCUGGGCUAUGAGACGAAAGAACAAAUUUUUUUGGACAUCAUCCUCACACCAUGGCAGCCACUCAUCAAAUCUGCCAAAGACUCUUACCUAUGGUUUUUGUCUUGUGGCGCUCUGAUUAACAAUGAAGAGUCCUUUUCGUCCUUGCAAACGGCCGUCCUUCAUCAUCACAUUACAGCUACCAUCUGCUUCAACGCCAUCCGUUUCCAGCCAACCUUUGCGGCUCCUCUUCUUCUAGCGUUUGCAGAACUCGUCCUGACUGAAUGUCUGCCUAUUCACGAAGUUUUUCCGGACAUGCUUAUGCAGUCCUAUAAACUUGGCAGACACACUGAUGUGUUCUUAUUGAUGACUAAUGCUGGUCGCGCCUUGGACAUCACUAGAUUUGCAUGGACGCAUUGCAAGGAACGCCCUUGGGGCCACCAUCUUCCACUCCAAUGCCCUCAGUGUGGAUGGGCUAAUUCUUGGCAUUCAGCCAACCACAAGAAGACCUACUCAUUUGAAUGCAUGAACUCAAAGUGCAGGAAAGGGUAUUUCUUCAGCCCCCCAGAGAACUCUGUGAUCCUAUCUCAUGCCAGAAAGAGUGGUUCCUGCUGGAUUGCAGUUGGUGUGAAGGCCAACCUUCUUGUGUUGGGUUGA